AUGUUGUUAAGAUUUGGACGUGAUAUCAGUUUUUUUAUUUUGUCGUAUUUAUUAUCGGGCAUACUUACGGUGCGUCAGUAUGGAGCAUCUGGAAACACAUUGUACGUGGCUGAAGACCCGCAUACAAAUCGUGAAAAAAUACAAAUCAUCAAUAGAAACGUUGAAAAGGACGACAGCUCUCAUAUAGAAAGGAGAAAACGCGAAGCGACAACCUUAACAACUCCCUCGGUGGAAAGAAACCUAAGUACAUGGACAACUCACCUAAAUGAUAGUCACCAGCAGCUGAUGGUCCACUGGGUGGGAGAAGGUUCCAAUAUCAUCAUCUGUCUAGCUAGAGAUUCUUCACCAAGAAAUAAAGGAAUUACUUUACCAUCAGCUCUCUUCAUAUCCUAUGAUUAUGGAAAGAAUUUUACUAACAAGACUGAGAGCUUUAGACUGGGUGAUACACCUGACAGUGGAUAUGCACAUCUUGAUAAAUUCUUUAACCACCGCAAGUAUCCAGAAUUUUGUGUCUUCGUUGACUCCGAAAACAAGAAGUUGUUCUAUACGAGCGACCAUGGCCGCAACAUCUAUAGAUCCGACCUGACGUUCCAUCCUAGCGAGUUGGCUUUUGACGAUGAGUUCCCUGAUAAAUUCGUGAUUUUGGACAAAAUUGAUAGUGAUAGAAAACUAUAUCUAACUCUGGACGGCGGUAAAACUUUUAAAAUGAUCCAGAGUUAUGUGAAAACGUUCUUCUGGUCAUCGGCGCCAGGAUUCCCUAAGACUUUCUACAUGGAACGUUGGAAGCCAGACGGCACUAGCACAGUGAUCAGUGCAAGUGAUCCUACAGAUUUGGUUAACGCCGACAUUCUCUUCGAAGAAGCCAAAGACUUCCAAAUCAAAGGGGACUUUAUGUUCGCCACAAAACAAUCAAAAGAGAAAAACACUCUUCACCUAUACAUCUCACAUCAACGCGGCCCAUUCUACAAAGCCGAGUUCCAGACGGAAUUAGACCUCAGAAAGUUCCACAUAGCAGAUGUAACUGACCAACGUAUAUUCGUCUCAGUCAUGCACACCGAGUCUCUGGCUGAUUUAUAUGUGUCGGAAAUAAGCAACAAUUAUACUCAGUACAACUUUGUAAUAAGUUUGGAACAGAUAUUGUGUUACUUCCCAGAUUCCAAUUGGAAGGAUAGUUGGUUAGAAGAUGUCACCGAGGACUCGUUCACCGAUCUUUAUCGUGUGGAAGGACUGAAGGGUAUUUAUAUAGCAUCGCGAGUUGAUUCCAAAGCGCAUGUCAAUAACAUUGGACCUGAGCACCUUAUCUCUCUCAUUACCUUCGACCACGGAGUCACGUGGUCUCCUAUCAAUCCGCCAACUGAAGAUGAAAAUGGGAAACCUUUAAGCUGCCAUCUGGAGAAUUCUUGCAGUCUGCACAUAUGCCAGAAGUUUAGUCAACUCUAUCCAGUUACAAGGUCUGCAAGUAUCCUGAGCUCAAAGUCUGCUCCCGGUAUUAUUAUGGCAACUGGCGUAAUGGGGAAAUCCUUGAAAGGAAUUCCUGGUGUAUAUCUCAGUAGAGAUGCUGGUCUAACUUGGAAAAGAAUCCUUAAAGAUUAUUACUUCUUUAACUACGGCGAUCACGGCGGUAUAUUAGUAGCGGUUAAAUAUUUUAAGUCGCGCGGCGAAACGAGAAAAAUAUUAUACUCUACGAACGAAGGCAUGGAAUGGAACUCUUAUCAGUUCAACGCUGAUGACCUUCGUAUUUAUGGAUUGAUGACAGAGCCGGGUGAAAAUACAACUACAUUCACUAUGUUUGGAUCAGCGAAUGAUCAACAUCAAUGGAUAAUCAUCACCAUUGAUUUGAAGAACACCUUUACGCGCAACUGUACUGAACAAGAUUACAAGUAUUGGUCGCCGUCGCCUCCAAACUCAUCGGUAUCUUGUGUGCUUGGCACGAGGAACACUUUCCAACGUAGGCUUGCUCAUACUAACUGCUACAAUGGAAUUGACUAUGACAGGCCCUCCAGGAAAGAAGUCUGUGAGUGCAGUCGCCGCGACUUUGAAUGUGAUUUCGGAUUCAUGCUCUCUGGAAACGAAUGUAUUCAAAAUAAGUCGGUUAAGUACAAUCCUUAUGCUAUUCCAUCUCAUUGUCGUCCGGGACACUAUUACCAGAGAACAAAAGGAUACAGAAAAAUCGACGGUGAUGUAUGCACUAUAUCAGGGUAUAUAGCUUAUGUGCCCGAUAUGAUCCCAUGUCCAAUAGAAGAGCCAACUGAAUUUAUGCUGGUAGCUUUGGGUAAUAAAAUUGCUCAUAUUGACUUAUCUGAUAAUACCACAAUAUAUCCUGUGGUUAAUGAAAGGAAUAUUGUCGCUAUCGAAUUUGACAUCAAAAACAACUGUAUCUAUUGGGCUGACAUAGAAUUGGAUAAAAUCACUCGUCAAUGUUUCAACAAUGCUACAUCUCAGGAAGUAAUAAUUGAUAGAGACUUGGUAAGCAUUGAAGGAAUGGCAUUCGAUUAUAUAUCAAAUGUUCUAUUCUUUGUUGACGGUAUGAGGAAGAAGAUCGAAGCUGUAAGAACCGACAUGACGCUAAACGGCAGAAUGAGGGCAACGAUAUUAGACUCGAAAACUUUAUCAAGGCCACGAGGAAUAGCUGUUCACCCUAAAGCAGGAUACCUGUUCUGGACUGAUUGGGAUAGAAAUAAUCCAUCAGUAUCUAGAUCGAAACUCGACGGUACGGAUGUAGUGAAACUAUUUACCAAGCCACUUGUCCAGUGGCCUAAUGGUAUAACGAUCGACCAAAUGUCCGAGAGAAUUUACUGGGUAGACGCAAUGGAGGAUUAUAUUGCCAGCGCCGAUCUGAAUGGCAAAUAUUUUAGGAGAAUAUUAUGGAAUGAUGGCAGAGCUACCCAUCCUUUCGCCGUUGGUGUUUUGAAAGAUAAAAUGUAUUGGGACGAUUGGAAGGCGAAGUCUAUUUUUGUUGCUGACAAAGAUACUGGAGAAAACAUUAUGACAAUAAAUGACUCAUUUGCUGGUUUGAUGGACUUGAAAGUUUUUGCUCAUUUUGUUCAGUUUGGCCAUAAUGCGUGUUCCUAUAAAAACACAAGUUGUGAUGGAAUAUGCCUGGGGGGGCCAAGGAAUACUUUCAGCUGCUUAUGUCCGGAUGGGUUGACUAUGGUCAACGGAAAAUGUAUGUGUCCGAAUAACACGGCACCUUUUGCCAACAUGACUUGUCCACAGAUCAAUAAUUCUGCGUGCAGUGCUGAUCAAUUUAUGUGCAAAAAUGGCAAAUGUAUAAGCGCGUCGGCUCGCUGCGACUUCAGUAAUGACUGCGGCGAUUUAUCCGAUGAAAUCGGUUGUCUAUGUGUACCGCCAAUGAUUAUGUGUGAUAACACUCGAUGCUAUUUACCGCACUGGAGGUGUGACGACGACUACGACUGUAUUGAUAGAAGCGAUGAAAAAGACUGCGGUCGUCGCAACUGCUCCGCUAAUCAAUUCCAGUGCGACAAUGGACAUUGCAUCGAGAAACGAUGGGUCUGCGACGGUGACAACGAUUGUAAGGACCGAUCUGACGAACGCAAUUGCACAGUACCAUACAAACGGCCCGAUAUAGUCGAAGUUUGUGCUGGCAACGGUUUCCGUUGCUCCAAUGACAGUCACAUGUGUAUUCCCAACUCAUGGGUAUGUGAUGGCGAAAAGGACUGCGACAAUGGAGAAGACGAACGCGAACAACGGUGCAUGGAUUCUACUUGUGCACCGUACAUGUUUAGGUGUCCAAGCGGAAAGUGUAUAUUUAAGUCAUGGGUCUGCGAUGGCGAGAAUGACUGCGGCGACGAUAACUAUUCAGAUGAAAAAGACUGCUCAAAUACGUCUCACUCAAAAUUGCUACCUAUUCCUGGGACAGAGAAACCACAUUUCCCAAGCAACGGGACUUGUCUAGAAUGGAUGUUCAAGUGUGAUAAUGGAAACUGCAUGCCGGAUUGGUGGAGGUGCGACGGUAUUAGUGAUUGUGGCGAUGGAGACAAUUCUGAUGAGAUCGGAUGUGGAGUAGACAUACCGGAACUGAAGCCAGUGACGACCGAACAUUCUGAACAUUAUUCACCACUACCACGCAAGUGUGGGAAGAACGACUUUACUUGUGCACCGGGUGUGUGUAUUCCCCUCCGAUGGGCUUGCGACGGCGCCGAAGAUUGUUUGGAUGGAGCCGACGAGCGACACUGUCCUACUAUUUCAACAGUGAUCGGCUUGGACACGGGGCUUAAUCGCUGCGGGGCCAACGCCACGUUGUGCGGGGACGGGGCGGCGUGCGUGCCCAACGUCAACAUCUGCGACGGGGUGGCGCAAUGUGCCGAUAAGAGUGACGAGGCACACUGUCCUACUACUUCGAGUCACAAACCUAUAGUAGAAUGUCAAAGAGGAUUCCUGAUGUGUGACGAUGGCACUAAUUGCGUGCCGCUGCGUAACGUGUGCAACGGGCGACAGGACUGCUACGACGGCACUGACGAACUCAACUGCUCAAGUUCUUCAAAUGAUAAUAAUCAUGUUUAUCAAUUUCUGAGUAUAGGCGUUGAUCAGUCUUCGAUAAACUCAACUAGUUUCCUGAUCUCGUGCUGGAUGGCUCAGCAGAAGAUGGUUCAAUACAGCUUUUUGCCUUCUAUAUCCAAAGUCAGCGAUGGUGUUUGGCGCAACAUGACAUGGACCAACGACAGCAUUUACAGUUUUGUCUACAGAUUUACAGAUUUGGAGCCAUACACCAACUAUAACGUGACCUUCUACAUUCGGGACAGUAAAUCGAAUAGAACCUAUCCGUCUAUGAAAUACGUGAAUACCACCACCGGUGAAGGAGUUCCUUCGCCACCGGCUCAUGUCGGGGUGAGACAGCUGAUCGGCCGCCGAGUGAAUGUGAUGUGGGACCGGCCGGAGAAGCCCAGCGGAGUCAUUCGUUCCUACACGCUGUAUUACGCGCCUCCGCUACCGCCCGUUGAAAGAACGAUCUUGGCUAGCCAUAACAAAACGAUAUCCUUCGAUGUUGAGGGUUACUUUGAACCAAAUACUAAUUAUUCCUUCUGGAUGACGGCAACGAACAACGCCUUCACAUCAAAAUCGUCGGAGGUGUGGAACAUAACGUUCGACGCGACCAGCGACGUGGACGAGCUGGUGAACGCGAGCAUGACGAGCCUCAACGCGACGGCCGCGCGCCUGCAGUGGCACGUCAUCCGCGGCGUGGACGGCUACCUCGUCAAGCUGCGCCUGCCCAGCGAGUACGCGCCCAGGCCACCCACCACCACCAAGGCCAAUAAUAUCACAAUAACAAACUUGCCGCCCGGUGUCCUCGUAUUUAUUGACCUCCAAGCAUACAAGUCUAACAUCUAUGGCCAUCCGUUGACCAUCCCUCUUCGGACCGGAGGCGUUAAGGACGAGACUCUCAACUUCACGGCUAUUCUGCGAAAGGAGACAGGCACCUCUGUAAAUAUGAUCUGGUCGCCACCUACUAGUGACAGGUAUAAGGGCAAAGAGUUGGAGUAUGAAGUUCACUACACGAAUAUGAUACAUCGCACUAAUCCUGGAGAAAUGUCUAAUGAUACAAGGAUUAUAACGAAAAAUACGAGCGUCCUCAUAGAGGACUUGCACCCCUGUGAAAGUUACGUGUUCACAGUUGGAAUACUCGGCGGUCCGCUCGCCAAGUUUCUGGCAAUCAUCACAAGGGAGAAUGCUAAAGCACCUGUUAAAAACUUGAGGGUGGAUUAUGACGAGGAAAAAGCUGAGAUGAAGAUACUGUGGGACGCUAAUUGCAAUGCAUUGAAGCAACCGGCUGUAUAUUCGCUGGAUAUAACAGAGAUAACCCACGACUCGAAGAGUCACUACGAACUGAAACCGUCAAAGGCUGCGACAUAUUCUCACGUCUUACUCAAAGUGCCAGUCGGCGGUAGAUACAAUAUUUGUGUACACGUGAAUGUAGAGGACGCAGCGGUGAAGUGUAUCCAAGUGCAAGGCUCUAAGCUGCAGCCGCCCUCGGGCGUGCUGGCGUGGCUCUCGCCCAACGGACACGUCAUGGUCAGCUGGGACGACUCGCCGCUACACACGUCUGAGUAUGAAGUGAUAAUAUCACAGAAAGAGAUCCCCGACAACAUGUUGCACCCUACCGAAGACAUGAAGACUAUAAAGGCGGACAUGUCACCUAGAUUGUUGACCGCCCCGGAAGGGGUUAAGGGACCUUUGUACGUGGGUGUUCGAAGGGUCACUAGUGACGGGUACUACAGUGACCUGAGUGAAGUGCACACCAUGAAUAUGGAAGGUCCUGGGGCGGAGGAGGUGUCUCGCGGCGGGUCGGGCGCGCUGUGGUGGGGCUGGGGCGCGGCGCUGGUGGUGUGCGCGGCGCUGGGCGGCGCGCUGCUGCACGUGGCGCUGCGCCACCGCCGCCUCGCGCGCUCCUUCCUGCGCUUCACCGCGCACACGCCGCGCUACGACAGCCGCCGCGGCCAGGCCAUCAUCGAUGACGACGACGUGCCUCCGAUCCACGGAUUCUCCGACGACGAGCCGCUCGUGAUCGCGUGA